AGAGAGAGAGAGAGGUGACGGGAGAGAGAGAGAGAGAGAGAGAGAGAGAGUGAAAGAGAUAGCUUUGCCGAUAGCCUGAGAAUCGCAAUAGAAAGAGCGUUAAAAAGAGGACUCCGCAUUUUCGACAGUCUGUUAUCCGAUAGGAGCGAUUCAAACCAGCAUGUCCGAGCGAACUUGUGCGAUGUUUGUGGGAACGAGUUUUAUUCGUCGCUGUCACCGGAUUUUCGUAUCGUCGCGAAGCGUUACACCUAUCCUUAAAUUCGCCUGCGUUUACUAUACUGAAUGUAUGUUACAAUUAAUAUAUAAUAUAUAUAUAUAUAUAUGUUAUAGCCUUCUGAAUUGAUAUUAAAAUGCGUGAAAUUACACCAAACGGAAGUUUCGUAACGAAACUGUAAAAAAAGGGAAAAAAGGGAAAAGAAAAAGAAAAAAGAGAAGAAAGAUGUCUCUCGAGAAAAAGUACUCUGUAGAUCGUAGGGGGAUGAAAACACACCACCGAUAUCCGAUGUAGGUUAACGAUCAACGUGGGAAAAUUUCUCGAUGGUUUAGAUAGAGUUCUUGUGUCCUAUUUGGUGUCGACGUUCGUCAUAUUUGUUCUUGACGACACAGCGUGCGUUCGAUAUUGUUGCGGACCAGACUCUUCGUGAUUUCGUUAAAACCGAGAAGCAAUACUGUUGAUGCCUAUAAUUACUAUUAUCGAGCGGAAGCUUAAAUAAAUGACGAUUAAACCAAUCCCGGAACCCUAAUGCGAAGUCAUUGACCUCAACACUACACUAGUUUCGUAAUUACAAAGAGAUUCGAUGAAGUUUCGCUAAAGUUUAAGAGAGAAAUGCGUUAUCAUUCACUCCCUGCGAUUACUGGGAUUUAUUUAUGAAAAAAAUACUCCAACUAGUAAUGUGAGUCGAAACGCGACGGGGUGUCUCGGAUUAAACUCGUUACCGUGGAGAGUCAUCCUCCAAUUAGGGUUCUGGGGUCGACGGUGAGAAAUCUGAGAAAAAUACUUUCGCGACAGCUUUUCGCAGAUAAUACGAAACUACGUCUCCGCAGCAGAGGCAAGAGUUUCGGCAGACGUCGUGAUCCGAUGAUUCGUCGGAGGAAAUAAUUACGAGCGUGGGGGAGUUAAGUUUGAGUCGGAGCGUAACUUAAAGAGCUCGGCCCGAGCUUACUUUCACCUCAUUGGCAGGUAUCUGCGAGGAGGUGUCCUUAAAUUAGAGAGCGAUUUAGAGUAAAACACAUUCGGGGAAUUUAGCAGCACGAGUGAGCAGGAGUGAGAAGAAACGCGUACGAGAAGAAUCGCACGAAGCUUGCUCGGAAAAUGGAUGGGGAAGGUCGCGAGUUCAUUACUAUCGAUCUUGAGUCUUCGAAAACUGCGCGUGAAUUCUUUCGUUCUCAGGUUCCCUAAGAUCGUCGGAUCCUUGGAUCUCCGGAUCGCACAGAAUCCGCAUUUUCAAGAAUUCCUAAAAAGUUCGGGAAUAUACAGGGCCAGCGAUGAAGUAAUAAGAUUAAUUUUUUAAAAAAAUGCGUGUAUACACACGCGUAGGACAUCCCACUUCUAACGCAUUACUUUGCAACAGCAAAUUCUCUGGACGGCUUGAAGAUGACUUUAGCGAAAAAGUUGAGAAAGGUAAUUGUUUCUUUUUCGUAACAUUUUCAUUUUUUCUAACAUUGCGUCUCUUCGCAAAUGAGUCUCGAAUCAAAAUUUCAUUAAAGCAAAGUCUGCUUGGGAUCAACUGAAUAACGCAGCCUUGAUAUCCACUUAAUUACCUGGCAUUUACUUUGCCAAAAGCCCUUCCAUUUCAGUCACGCUUAUAAUCUGAAAAUUAUUGGAGUGUCAACAUCUUGGCGAAAGAAAAUUCGACUCUGAAUGGAUCAAAGAAUUUGACAUUAAAGAGCAAUGCGGUAGAAUGGAGCACCUUGUAUAUAUAUAUAUAUAUAUAUAUAAAAGAGACGCUCUCCGAAACUUCAUCACGAACAACGGGAGGAUCAUUGCCGAUAUGUGCAAUCUCAAGGGAACUACUUUGAAAGUAAUCGCACUAUGCUCUUUUAAUCGACGAGAAAAAAAAUAUAUCCUUUCUUCCAAAAAGAUCUCACAUCGCUCUAGAAUCUUAUUACUUUCUCGCCGUACCUCGUACAAUUCCUCAGUGCAUUUAGCUAGCUCUUCGAGCUGACCUUCGAUUUUCCACUUUAAGGUCUCGUGUCCACCGAAUGUCCAAUAUUAAAUAUCUAUUCUCUUAAAUCAAGAGACCGUGGGCACAUAUUCAAUUCGUAUGUAUUCUCUUUGCUCUUUGAAAAUCCGGGAUUUACGCGUCCUCGAGUCUCGAAGGACCACUUUGCGGCGGAUGGAGGAAACGCUAGAGAAAGAAACAGUGGAAGCUCGCGUGAACAAAGAAAGCGUAAACGGGACAAAUAGCGGAGGAAUAAAACUCUUGUAUAAAGUAGCGUGCGUAGAGCAAUUAACCUAAUCGAUAAAGGAACACGGACGAGUUUAUUGUUGAGUAUAAUAAUAAUGUAUUAUGUAACAUUAAAACAAAGAAUAAAAAAAAAAAGAGAAGGACAAGGUGGAGGAGCAGGAGGCGGUAAAGUUGAAGCGGGCGAUGAUGAUGAUAAUAUUAUAUUGUUGUUAGAUAUAUAUAUAAAUAUAUAUAUAUAUAUUAUAUAUAUAUUAUAUAUAAAAAUAACCUAGGUAUUAAGCGACCACCUAAUCACCGACACAAGUAUACACUCUCGCAGGAUAUACAGGGUGUCUCGAAGAAAAAUGUAUUCCAGUAGGAGACGCUUACUGCUCGAGUAAUUUGCGUUCGUUUCUUUUCUAGCGACGACUUAAUCUGAGGUAUUUGUUGAAGAUUAAUAAAAAGCGAAAACAAUCCGAACGUGUUUCAUUCUCUCUUGUUUCAUUCUCACUUCCUCAGGCGGAGUCUGAUGGAAUCGCCGAGAAGUCAUCGCCGAGAUGCGUACACGCACCCCAGGAGAAGAUUCGCGAUCUCGUAAAUUUAAGAAUUCACUCAUUGGCUGCGAGUCGGAGGAUCGCGCCGAAACGCGCAUCGAUUCGCGUCGAAAAGGAUUUCUGCUGUGCACGCGUAUUUCAAGUUCGUCGACGAGCUCGGCCUCUGUGUUUACGCAACGAAAUUCCAAUUUCGAAAGUCGUUCCCCGUUCCGAGCGGCGCUAAGCAAUUUUUUUUACUGCAUGACACGAUUUUACUCGAGCACACAUCUCAGUGCGUGGAAAGUCGCAUCUGAGUACGUGUGAAAAGCUCGCUCGCAUUGUCCUGCCGAUUUUCGCGCGAAUAGACGCUCGAAUCCGAUUAUUCGAGCCGAGUUGAGGGAAAAAUCGCACACGCGCUCUUCCGGUUACCUCGAUGUUGACGAUACGUGACGAUAACAUGUGAGACUUAUACUGAGGUUUAAAAGUAAAGAAAAAAAAAAAACAAAAGAAAAACGAACGAAACAAACGGAGGAAACAUUUCCGCCAAGAUGAAGCACCACCGACAACAAUGCAUCCACUUGCUCCUGCAGGUGAUCCUGCUUACCGCGAAUUGCCUCGCAGAAAAUCUGACCCUUCAUAUAAACUUCAAGAGGCCAAUAUUCGUGACUAGCGGCGCAUUCCUCAGUCUCACCCUGGAUCCGGCGACGUUACUAAACACCACCGGUGUUCUCAUAGAGAACUUUGACAAAUACACGAACAUGGUGCGAGGCUUGGUACCAGCCUAUGUUCGUCUCGGAGGGCCAGGAAGUAACUCUUACAUCUACGACCGAGUCAACGUUCACCCAAACGACGUGCUUUUCGAGACCCAUUCGACACUGAUACAUCGAUGGGCGGAGGACGCCGGGUUGGACGUGAUCGCGUGCAUUUCCCCGCACUACAUCGCGAGCAAGUCGGCGACGCACUCGUGGGAGUCGACGAGCCUGGCGCAAUUGCUCUCCUUCAACGAUCGGAUGGGUCACAACGCCAGCUGGCAAUUGGGUUACGAGUGCCAGACGAGAUGCGAUCUAUCGGCCGAUGAUCUGGGACGAUACGUCGCGAAGCUGCGCGAAACGCUGAAAAGCUACCCGAGGUACUCCGAUAGCCUGAUCACUGGCCCGGACAUUGUGGCAUACAGGACGGCGCAACAACGGGAAUACCUUCGGGAUUACCUGAGCUCGGCGGCCGAUACUCUCUCGGCGAUCACGUGGCACCCCGACUUCGCCGAGGUCACUGUACACGGUGACGGCAUUUCCGUGCAUCCGGACAAUAUCGCCGCCGAAAAGGACGAGUUGUACAAAGUCAUCGGUCAUGUCGCGGCGAACAAGCCGCUGUGGAUCGCGGAAUCAAAGCCGGAAGAGUGCAAGCAUAAAUAUGUGGGAGCACUUACGUGGACGAGAAGACUCGGGAACGUCGCGAAGCUCGGUGUGCAAGUUGUGAUGAGACAGUUCUUGCAGUUUAGCAGUGUGACUCCUGAUUACUGGGUGUCCUUAUUGCAUAAGACUCUGGUGGGACGCGAAGUUUUGAAGAUGGAAGUUCAAUCCGACAACGAGAGUUACGUGCACUUCUACAGCCAAUGCACGAAACCGUCCGCGCUAUACGAGAGAGGAGCUCUCACAAUUUUCGGGGUGAACUUAACGCCGAGAGAAGUGACCGCCAGUCUGAAGGGCUUCAAGAUCAGAACUUUUCACGAGUAUAUCCUGUCGCCGGGUCCUGCGGCUGGCAAUAAAAUGUUUGCGGAGAAAGUUCUGUUGAACGGCAAUCCGCUCGACUUAACAGACGACAUGAAGCUACCCGACUUGAAUCCAGAAAUAGUCACCGAUCCCGACGGUCUCAAAUUGCAGCUUGCUUCUGGCAAUAUAGGUUUUUGGGUUAUACCCAAUGCAAAGGUAAAGGCUUGUACACACGAAGAGGAGAGUACGACCGAGGGCAUGAAAACGAAGAAAUUGUCGAAACGACAUGUCGCUCGACGAGUCGACGGAGAGGAAGAAGAAGAAGAAGAAGAAGAAGAAGAAGAUACAAGUCCGUCUAAUUCGGCAAACCGAAAACUCCACGCGAAGCAAGAAAGAACAAAGCGGAGAAACGACAGAACUACACUACAUAUCUUGAAAACUAAAUUAUACAGGAGAUUAAAAAGACUUUUGCAAAAGAAUAUGCUGCAGAAGGAGAAUGGUGAAACCUCGAAUUUGCAAAAACCAUUUACGCGAAUCUUGGAAGAGGAACUAAUAAAUCCACUCAAAGACGUGCAAAAUCAGCAGAACAUGGACGACGAACAUCUUGAAGGAACGGAAAAAUCUGACGAGAAGGCGGAAAUCAACGACAGCCAAAUCGCACCCUUAAAAAAGUACAAACGCAUCUUGCUGAAGAGAAAGCCUCGAGCCGAAGCGGAAUACUCUCUCGAGCCAGAAGCACAGGACAUUGAUAAAGCUAUGAUGCUGAUAUCAAGGAUUAAAUCCUUGUUUCAACUUGAGAAAGACGCCACAUCCAACGACGUCAAGUACGAAACUAUAAAUGAAGAGGACACCACAAUUGGGACGAGUGGCGAAUUUAACGAAAAAUUCGGCGAGCCAGCGAAAACGCUGAGACUGAACGCAAUCGAAGGAUACGUUAACAUUCUUCAUGAUUUAUUAGAACUCGAUAAAUUAACGACAGAGAGUGUCGAGGAGUGUCAAAUUUCUGUUCACGAGGACUCGACGAACAAGGGAAGACACGGAAGAGACCUGAGCAAGAGAUCGGAGGAUCUAAAGAAGGAUUUACUUGCAAGACACUCGAGAAUGGGCGAUCUGAAGGAUCAGAUUAAACGAAAGAUGAGGCGCAGGAAUGACGACAGGAAGGAGACUUCGCUGGUCGCACCUGAUCUGACGAAUUUCGACCAUCGCAGGAGUACCUAUCACGAUCUGUUUCGGCAAUAUCCUUCCAGGAGAUUCGUCCGGAGCAACGGCCAUCCUCAGCACGAAAAAGCAACGAGAGACGUGGACAGGAUGUCAACCGAGAUAGCUCCGAGGAAGAACACUAUCCUCAGGAAGCGUCCGCGGAUCGACGACACGAAGGAUCACGUGAGCGAGAGGAAGUCAAAGCGGAAGGACGUUUCCAAACGAGAAGGAUUGUUGAGCCCGCUUAAUCCGAGGAUCACCGACAGCGGCGAGAACGGCUUCAACAGCUUCCUCCGACGAGAUGCUAUCAGAGGAUUCCCCGAAGGCGAUGUUUUUGUCACCACGGGCGACUCGGCCGAGCAAAGUGGCCAAGAUUACGACUACGUGCAGGAUGACGAGGAUGACGAGGAUAGCAAGGACCGGCAGGAAAAACAAAAUUCGACAGUCGAAUACGCCAAGGACGUUUUCUGGAAUCGACUGAAAAUCGACGAUGAUCAAAGCGAUUACACGCCGAACGAAUUCUUCGAGAACGUCCAUCUGCCGAGCGCGAAGAUCCGCGAGGGCGCGAAGGACUACGACGACCUGUGCGAGGCGGAGUUUGCCUUGGAUAAGCGAGAAAAUAACAAGGAUAACGAUUACAACAGCUCGACCGCUGCAAGGAUUACAGUACAGCCGCUCAAUGAGAAGGAGACAGUCGACAGUCAGGAGACAAAGACAAUCGAAAAGAGAAGUUUUCAACAACUGAUAAACUACCACGACAAUCCUGAAAAGGGAGAAUACAAUCCGGAUACUAAUUACGAAGCGCCAGGAUCUCACUUGGAACUCUCGGCGCCUCUUCGCCGACUGACUGAAACUCCAACGAUAAAAUACGACUUCACUAAUUAUCCAACAUCAGACGCGCGCUCUGAAAUCGCCAAGCAAAAGCUACAACCAGAAUUGGAGUUUUCGAGCUUCUUUUACCAACCUGCUCUAGUUUCCCUUACGAGAUACGAUUACGGUAAUUCUCAAGCAUCAAGUGUCAGACCUGACGUUGACCAUAUGGAGAAUCCGAUCAACGAUGUAGUUCUCUACAGCAGAAGAAGCAAGAGAAACGACUGGAAAAAGUCGCAAGGGCUGUUCGCCGAAGAGAUGAUCAAGGAAGACGCGGCCAAUGCCAGGGAUUGCCGUUGCAGAGUUAUCCGAGCCCUUAAAUCGCCGAAGAAGCUGUCGAAUCGUCGCAUAAAGCGCGAUGAGACGCACGUGACAGAAUUCACGACGCAGUCAGAGACUGCGAAUGAAGACGCAAACGCGAAGCCAAACCCGCUGCGACUUGCGAGAACCGUGCCGAGCCCUACGACGAAGAACGAAUUUGAUAGAAUCAUGACGGGGGAGGUACUUCCGAUUACGAGUGUGACCGAGGCUGAUCCUGAUUACGACAAACGUGAGAUCAUGACUAUAGACUCAAACAAGUCGCAUGAAGCGAUGCGGACGAUGGACGUAGCUUCGACACCAACGACAUCUGCUUCAGGAACGAGCGGCGAGCAUUCCGCGCGACAAGUCAUGGACGAGCAAUUGUUUUUUCGUGCCCAAUCAUCAACCGCGCCGUCGGAAGUCGAGAAAGCGACGUAUGAUUCUGCUGAGGCUGCUCUUCAAGUUUCUUCGCAAAAUACGGAAAGUCGGCAGGAACUUGUUGCAUCCGGUACUGAGGAAGCACAGCAAGCAUCAACCUCUCUUUGCGAGGAGACGCAAGACCUUCAGAAGAAGAUCCAACAAGAAUCGAUUGAUGCGGCCACCGAGGGCGGAAAAGCGAAAAGGAGAAGAUCCGACGAUAGUGAAGUCAAUUCAAAGUCGGACGAAGAAACACCGAAGCAAAAAGUGCGUAAAACGCCCGACUACUCGAGGUCGAGCUCGAGGUCGAACAAAUUAAAAAGAAAAAAAGGACCCAAAGAGACCCGACAAAAUGAGAACGACCUCGUUCGUUUGAGUAAAAAAUGCGCAGUGCGAGCUAACGAAAGAAGCAACCGGAGGAGGAUAACGCAGUCCACAGUGCCGCUUCUCUUAAACUCGGAGUUCAAAAAUCUCGCUAGGUACGAGGAGUUCUUGACGAGACUCAACGAACGAAGAGAGAAACUGAGAGAGAGACAAGAGAAGCAUCGCCAGAACCCAGCGAAGAUCAGCGACGAGCAGACGCGGAACCUCAGUAAGAGAGAAGCUUGGGAGAAAUUCUGCGAGAACGACGACUUCUGCCAGCUUAUCCAGGAGAAGCUAUUUCUAAUAAGCAACGACGACAGCCACGUAGACAGCCACGACGACGACUACGAUGAUGAUGUUAACGAUGAUGACGUUAAUAAUGAUGAUGACGACGGCAAAGAAGACGGGCAUCUUCCCAUGAAAUUUACUCCCGAGCGAUACGACGCUCUUCAAGAUCAAACGUAUUCGCGCGCGAACAUGAAGCACGAGCAUUAUCCGGAAUAUAAAUUGCAUUACUACUUCCUCCGGCAUCCGAAAGUCGUCGAGAUCGAACAAGAACCCACAACACGACCCACAUCUUCGGGUCGCAAGAUAUUCGCGAUCGACCCUUCGACGUAUCGCGGCGGCGAGCCGGUUUUGGAGCUGCACGACGAGUAUUUGGAUUCUCCUCCGAAGCAUUCGUCGAGGAUCGAAUUCCAGACUCAGACUCCAAACUGGACGCUGAAAGACUUCUAUCAAACUUCCUCGAGACCGAUGAAGGUUUACGGAGACCAGCAGAUGUCCAACGACCACGACAAUUAUCACGGUCGGGAGUGCGCGAAGAAAUCGCAGAGUAGAGACGCCUUCGAACGAGGAAACGCUGUUGUUCUCUAUAUAUUGGACAAACAUCGACAAUACGACUUGCGGAAAGAGCUUGCAGAACUCUCACGAAUCUAUUUGAACACCCUUGACCGACGAGACGUCGAUCAGAUCGUAAGAGAUCAGACAGCCAGUGACUCGAACAACGGCGAUUCGAAAUCCACGCUUACAACGGCCAGAAAAGUUGGUCUAGCAAGAAAGAUUGACGAGAAAUCUGCGGGAACCAACAGAUAUAUACGACGCGAGAAACUCGACAAUCGCUCUGAUAAAACUGUUGAGAAAGAAGCUAAUAAGUCCAACGAAAUGAACGAUAAGGUUGAAGACAGUGCAAAUACCGGCGCGUCUAACGUGGAAGUUCGAAGCGUUGAAGAAGAGAUCGUCGACAACGGCGAUUCUAAAGAAAGCGGACUUCUCGACACUUCGGACACCACUCUCCGUAGUCGAAGAAAUGCUGAGGAAGAAACGUCCGACAAGUUUCGACAGCCAACUCGAGCAAGCACAGCGGACGUGACAAUCGGUGAUGACAGGUACAUCUGUAUGAAGGAGCGGGAUUCCGAAGAGGUAUCUAGCGAACAGUCGAUACCGCUUUAUCAGCUGACGAGACUUCCGUCGGAUGCGGUUCUGUUCCGCAAACCGAAGAACUACGUGACUUCCUCGAGUGGAAACUUCGGUCGACAGGGAGAGGAACAGUCGUCGAAAUAUGUGGUUCUUAUGCCCGAUAAAAUCGAGAACACCUAUCCGUAUGAGAUGUUACAGGCGAAGAAUCCCGAGAGAUCUUUGAGAGUUUCGAAUUGGCUCGACUCAUAUCUACCAAGAAUAACAGACGCGAUGAUCAGAUAUUUGAAUGAUGUAUCCUCGGGAGAACUCGACUAUGAAGACUCUUCGGAGGAGAUUUCGGAUGAAGAAGUUUCGUAUUCAUUGGAUUAUUCGAACGAGAGCAACGAGAAUAGACAGAAUGUUUUCAGGAACAUCGCGGAUGAGGUCGAGCGUGAAUCGGGAGAGGACGAUCAACAUCGUAGAGCGAAGAGCAAAGAAUCCCACAGGCGUUCAACAAUGAAGGAUCAGAUGCGAUCCGAGCAACGUCGAGUAUUUAAAUCGUUUCCCAAGGAAAAUGAGAAAAUGAAGAGGCAACGGAGACAAGCCGAAAUCAAUAAGAUCAACUUUCUUUCUCCAUGGUCGGAAACAAACAAGUCCAUUCUGACCGAUGACACGGCCAAAGAUGAAAACGAUAAGGAUUAUUUACAACGGAGCAGUAUUAACGAAGAAGUUAUAGUGAAAGUAGAUUAUCCGCAUUCGCAAAAGAACAGAAAAAACCACGAUGAUCUACCCGAGAACAUCGCGAAAUCUGAAAAGAACGAUAUUACUUUUGCCGAAAAUAGAGGGAACGAUGAAAGUUUAGAAAAUAGCAUUACGCAAAGCGACAAGAAAUUAGUGUCUUUCGUGGAGAAAACAAUUCCGAAAUUACAAGGCGUUAUUCUUGAUGGAGUAGAAAAUGCGAAAGACCUCACGGAAUCCGUGGAAAAAUUGGUCAGUAAUUUCAAGGAGAGUUUCAAUGAGACUUUGAUGGAGGACGAAGAGACAAGUUCAAUAAAUAAAACUUCUGAGAGUAUCGACAAUGCUUUCCACUUUGCAAUUAUGAAUAUAAAGAAAUUUUUCACCCUCUUCACAGGAAUAUCCUGAAUCCUGCGUGUAUAAAAGUUUUAAAAUA